AGCCAGGGAAGAACACACGGCCGGAAGAAUCGUCACAUAAUUACAAAUUGCCUUCUUCUUUCUUUCUUAUUGCCUUUUCCUCCAUUAUUUUCUUUCUUUUUCUUUGAGUAACGUACGUCGGUGUUCAGGGGAGUAGAAGAACCGGCUAGAAAGGAGAAAUACUUGGGAAGCAGCUCUUCAGCUUCUUCAAAGGAGACGGAGACGCAGCUCGUCGUCGGCCUCUCGAGUGACCAGAACACAGUAGCUAGCUAGUACACUAAUUGGGGGCUGAAGGAUCCGGCAAGCCGGCAGCCCGACCAUUGAGGAGAUAUCCAAUAUCCAAACACAGCUAAUUUAGUCUCUUAAACCCCUCCUAAAACCAUGGAAACCUAAGUCCUAAACGAAUCCCAACCUGAGAUUAACACAUUGUUCAACCAAAUGUUGACGUUCUUCUCAUCAGCAACCAGAAAUUCAAUCCUUUCUAAAACCCUGAAAUUCCCAACUCCCGAAUAUCUCAUUUCCCAUUUUCACAGCAUAAGCCGGGUCUCCAACCCUGCAAUCCAGUUCAUUCUCGAAGAAGCUGAGGAAGACUUCCCGUCCUCCCGGGAGCCUAUUCAGUCAUCUCCCUUUGGGAAUGGCGAGAUUCCAAGAUCUAGAGAAUCUGGUUCCGGAGUUCAGAUAUCUCACCCAUGGCCGGAGUGGAUUGACUUAAUGAAAAAGUUACUAAAGAAUGGAUAUUUCUCCGGCGACGGCAAUCCAUUUCCCAGAAACAACGAGUCGGGCAUCAAGGACUCAAACCAAAUACGCACUGCUUGUCUGAACUUCGCUCGUGAUCAGUUUGAUCUUGUGAGGCACAUGUCCCGAAAAGAUAUUCAGGUGAUUUCCGAAGCUGGCUGUCCUAGCAUUGAUAGAAAAGUUGUCAACUCUGGGAAGCGUCUAAGGGCAUACCUUGGCAUCGACGAGGGAAAUGUAUGCAGCUCCUGCAUACUGCGUGGAAACUGUGAGAGGGCAUAUAUAAAGGCACGGGAGGAUGAAGGUAUCGGAAGGACCGUGGAUGUCAUGCGUUUUCUGCUGACAUAUGGACUUGAUCCAACAUGUGGUUCAGUAGAGAACAAGUCACACAUGAACAAAAGACUCGAGGAAUCAGUAAGAAAGUUACUUAAAGAAAUGGUGGAGUUGAGUAUAAACGAAGGUGGUGAUUAUGAAAGUCAGGAUGCCUCAAGUGUUGUCAGGUCAUCUACGCAAGGCAUUGCUGAAAAUCAUAAAGACAGCACGGUGAAUGGUCCAAUGAAGCCAGGCGAUUGGUUAUGCACAAACUGCAAUUUCCUAAACUUUGCAAGAAAUAUCAAGUGCUUAAGAUGCAAUGGUAUAUCCCAAGAAAGACUCCAUAAUCUACGGAGUGAGCAGGACAAUCUUCCAUUGAAAAAGGGAGACUGGAUAUGUGACAAGUGUAAUUUCUUGAACUUCGCAAAGAAUACAAGGUGCUUACAGUGUAAAGAAACCCCUCCAAAGCGAGCACUUCAUCCUGGGGAAUGGGAAUGUGAAUCGUGCAAUUACAUCAAUUUCAAGAGAAACAUGGUCUGCUUGAAAUGCGAUCACAGAAGACCUAGAGCAUCGAAUUCUAUUGGCUCCUCUUUGCAUGCAUGUCCCAACACUAACAAUCGUCUUAGCAGUAGUCCCUAUCUUGACAGAGAGAAACAAUUCAGAGAUGGGGUUAAUGAGCCCAAUGCUUUCAAGAGUCACAGGCAUGAGUUCGUCUCAAGGAAUCAAGAGGCCGAAUUUGCAGACUUCCCCAUUUUAGGAGGUAAAAGUGAUAUUUCUAGGAAUGAACAAAAACGGGAGAAAUGGAAAAGGGAGACGAUGGAGAGGAGCACAACUGCGGUGAAGUCAAAAGAAGAAGACUUUGAAUUUAAGUCUUCCUUUGUUGAAACCAGCAACCAUUCACAGUUUCCCAAUCAUGACGAUGAGCAAAUGGCCGACUGGUUUGGUCACAAGACUAUUCAAAAUGACAAAAGAUUUUCCCCUUGACUGGAAUCUUUACACAAUGGCCUACUUUUUAAGCUUCUAACAAGGCAACAAUGAAGUGCAGCUAUGUGGAGUAAAAGUAGAAGCGGUUCUACACUGCUUGUAUAAAUGUACAGCGUUAGAACUAGUUGAUGCACGUCGUGUUUUGUUUGUUGAAAUAAAUGCUACAAGGUCUCAAAGAUUUGACGUACACGGUGUAUGAUGUUUGAUUUUGGACAUGGAGUUAUUUGAGAAAGUGGUCCAGCUUAGCUGGUCGUCGACUCACUUCCAUAAGUGGUCCAGUUUAGCUGGUCGCCGACUCACUCUCCUUAUGGAAGGUCUCGGAUUCAAAACUCAAUAGGUAGAGUUUCAGUCCAAUUUACUUCAGACCCCCAGUCCCCUCCUCCAGACACUCCUGGAGUAAAAAAAAAGGACAUGGAGUUAUUUAUGCGCCAUUUUUAGUGCUUUAUAUUUCUCACGCAUUCAAUCCACCAAUUGUAAAAUAAAUCGAAGCUUUAAUUUAAAACAUUAUUUAUACAGAGCGUAUAGAUUAAGACUUGAAUGUUGUUGUAGAGUUUAUAGAUAAAAAUGUCUUAGCACAUAUUAC